AUGGGGAUCUUCGAGCCGUUCCGUGCGAUCGGCUACAUCACGGCGGGCGGCGUGCCCUUCUCCGUGCAGCGCCUCGGCACCGAGACCUUCGUCACUGUCAGCGUCGGCAAGGCCUUCCACGUCUAUAACUGUGCUAAGCUGAAUUUGGUUCUUGCUGGACCCCAACUGCCCAAGAAGAUCCGUGCUAUUGCAUGCUACAAGGAUUAUACAUUUGCUGCUUAUGGAAGUGAUAUUGCAGUUUUCAAAAGGACUGAUCAGGUGGCUACUUGGAUUAGACAUGAAGAAAAGGUCAACAUGCUAUACCUGUUUGGAGAAUAUGUUCUAAGUGCAGAUGCUAAAGGUAAUGUAUUCAUGUGGGCCUUCAGAGGAGCAGAACCAAACACUGAACCAGUUGGAAGCAUAUCAUUGGGAGACAAGUUCACCCCAACAUGUAUCAUGCAUCCUGAUACUUACCUAAAUAAGGUAAUUGUUGGUAGCGAAGAAGGCCCCUUGCAGCUGUGGAAUAUCAGUACAAAAAAGAAACUGUAUGAUUUCAAUGGUUGGAACUCACCGGUUCGGUGUUGUGUCUCUUCGCCUGCCCUGGAUGUAGUUGCUGUCGGAUGUUCUGAUGGGUCAGUUCAUGUUCAUAAUGUAAGAUAUGAUGAAGAAUUGAUGUCUUUCAACCAUCAGAUUCGUGGUGCUGUGACUGCACUGUCAUUUCGAACAGAUGGGCAACCCCUUUUGGCCUCUGGAGGUUCUUCAGGCGUUAUCAGCAUAUGGAAUCUUGAGAAGAGACGGCUGCAUUCUGUGAUUAGGGAGGCCCAUGAUGGUUCAAUAGUUUCACUUCACUUUUUUGCGAACGAACCUAUUCUGAUGAGUUCAGCUGCUGAUAAUUCAAUCAAAAUGUGGAUAUUCGAUAGUAAUGAUGGAGAUGCUCGUCUGUUACGAUUUCGAAGUGGUCACAGUGCUCCACCUAGGUGCAUAAGAUUCUAUGGCAAUGGAAAAUGCAUAUUAUCUGCUGGUCAAGAUCGUGCAUUUCGUCUUUUCUCAGUUAUCCAGGAUCAACAAAGUAGAGAGCUUUCUCAGUGGCAUGUGGCAAAAAGAGCAAAAAGGCUAAGAGUAAAGGAGGAAGAGAUCAAGCUAAAACCAGUUGUUACAUUUGACUGCGCUGAGAUACGCGCACGUGACUGGUGUAACGUUGUCACAUGCCACAUGGAUACUCCACAGGCAUAUGUAUGGCGUCUUCAGAACUUCGUUAUUGGUGAACAUGUUUUGACACCAUCGUCAAGCACUGUGACACCGAUUAAGGCUUGUGUGAUAAGUGCAUGUGGUAAUUUUACUAUCUUGGGCACUGAAGGUGGUUGGAUCGAAAAAUUUAACCUUCAAUCAGGGUUUAGUCGUGGUAGUUACAUUGACACUUCGGUGGCAAUGCAAUGUGCACAUGAUGGUGAAGUUGUUGGGUUAGCUUGCGAUGCCACAAAUGGCGCUCUGAUUAGUGCUGGAUACCAUGGUGAUAUUAAGGUAUGGAAUUUUAAAACUUGCAAGCUGAAAUCCAGAUUGGAUGUUGGUAAAUCUGUCACUAAAAUUGCAUUUCACCGGCCAAAUGGUCUUCUUGCUACCGUAGCAGGUGAUAUGGUACUUAUAUUGUUUGAUACGGUGUCCAUGAAAAUGGUUCGUAGAUUUGAAGGACAUACAGACCGUAUCACUGAUCUGUGCUUCAGUGAGGAUGGAAAAUGGCUCAUCUCGUCUAGCAUGGAUGGGACUCUUAGGAUUUGGGACAUCAGUUUAGCAAGGCAGAUAGAUGCAAUGCAUGUUGAUGUAUCUAUAACAUCUGUCUCUCUGUCUCCUAAUAUGGAUGUGCUGGCAACCACUCAUGUUGAUCAAAAUGGUGUCUACCUCUGGGUUAAUCAAUCUUUAUUCUCGGCCUCAACAAAUACUGAAAAUUAUGGCAGUGGUAAACAUGUACGGAAUGUGUGUUUGCCAGCUGUUUCAUCUACAGAGAGAUCUGAGGAAGAACAAGUUCAGAAUUCAGGAGAGUCAUAUAAGUCCAGUAUUAAACCUUUUGUCAUGAUGGAUCAUCAAAUACCCAAUCUAGUCACCCUCUCCUUACUUCCAAAGAGUCAAUGGCAAAGUUUGACAAAUCUUGACAUUAUAAAGGUUCGCAAUAAACCAAUUGAGCCACCUAAGAAACCUGAGAAGGCACCUUUCUUCUUGCCUUCAGUUCCAUCCCUUUCUGGGGAGAUAUUGUUUGAGCCCCCUGCCAGGACAGAAGAAACAGACAUCAGUACCACUAAGAAUACAAAUCAUAAGAUGUCUGAGCUCUCCUCUCAUUUCAGUCAGCUGUUGCAAUCUUGUGGUGAAACAAAGAACUAUUUGGCUUUUACUGACUACCUAAAAGGCCUGUCACCAUCGUCUUUAGAUAUGGAACUGCGAAUGCUACAAAUAAUAGAUGAUGAAGAGUCUGAAGGUCUGGAGCAAAGACCUGAGCUUCAGUCCAUUUCAUCGCUGUUGGAUUAUUUCAUUCAUGAACUUUCCUUCAGGAAUAACUUCGAGUUUGUCCAGGCUGUUCUGAAAUUGUUUUUGAAGGCUGGAGCUCCACAUACCAGGGCAUACAUGGUGUCUAAUACUGCAGGAAUUGUGGCCAUUGGGUUGAGAAAGUGGGUAUAG